CGACGAAAAGGCGAAACGACAUUGCUGUUCAGGACGAGCAGAUGCGAUAGUCCAUAGGUGUUCCCAUAUUUACAUAUAUACCUUACUCGCGUCUCUUUACUUGUAAAGGUUGCUCUCGCUCCCGGUGAGAGUUCGGCAUGUCCUUGGUUCGCUUAUACGCGGUGUCAAGGGCAGGCGGGUCCCGGCUGCGGCAGAUGGCGCGCCCGGCACUAUCCGCCUCGGCCUCCAGCUUCGUGCGCGUGAACGACAAUGACCCCAGCAUGGCCUUCCGUGACGUCACCGACCGGGUGGCCAAGACUAUCUUCUUCACGGAGCUGGCCAGAGGCAUGGCCGUCACACUGGGCAUGAUCUUCAAGGAGCCGGCCACCAUCAACUACCCCUUCGAGAAGGGACCACUGAGUCCACGCUUCCGCGGCGAGCACGCACUGCGCCGCUACCCCAGCGGCGAGGAGCGCUGCAUCGCGUGCAAACUGUGCGAGGCUAUCUGCCCGGCGCAGGCUAUCACCAUUGAGGCUGAGGAGCGCGCCGAUGGCAGCCGCAGGACCACCCGCUACGACAUCGACAUGACCAAGUGCAUCUACUGCGGCUUCUGCCAGGAGGCCUGUCCCGUGGACGCCAUCGUGGAGGGCCCGAACUUCGAGUUCUCCACAGAGACGCACGAAGAGCUGCUGUACAAUAAGGAGAAGCUGCUGAGCAACGGCGACCGGUGGGAGUCGGAGAUAGCGGCCAACAUCGAGGCCGAUUAUCUGUACCGAUGAAGCGCCGCCAGCCAAUAGGGCUGCCGACAGGGCCUGUCCCCCGCCUCGGUCGGAAUGCCCAGGCGUCGCGCCCGACCUCUGGUGGGGGACAGAAGCAGGCCGCGGUACUCAGAAGGGCGAGGCUGUAUUGUGCCAGGCGACGUGCAGCACUCGUAUUUGUUUUGUGUGAUGGACAGUGUACGUGUUGUGAACAGACGAAGUAAACAGACGAGGUAUACAG